UUUUUCGGCGUGUUGCUUUAUAAAUACGUGUGUUUCAAUGCUGCUAAUGACAUAACGCUCGUGCCAACCGAAAGGGAAACAACUGAACCACAGCCUCCGUGGAAAUAGGCUGAUCCUGUGCCAAAGGCCACAAACACCAGUUGCCGUUUAGUAGCCAAAAGGGUUCAGUGGAUCGGAGUGUUAUUUGUUUUGUGCUUUGUGUUGGAAAAAGGGAAAAUAAAGGCAAGUGUUUUACAGUUGCUGUGAAUAGAAAAUUGGCUAUUCUUAAGAAUCUGCUAACAGUGACGCGGAGUAAAGAAGAACUUGUGCCAAUCCUGAAACUAGUGAUGAUGCAACUGUUGUGAAUUGAUUAUACAAUUGUCGUUUGAUAUCGCUUUCCCGCAAGUGUUCAGUUUGGUGUUCCGGAACUCUUUUCUGAAUCUAACGCAUUGUACUUCCUGUCACUCAACAUAAAGAAUAUGUGCCGGAUAAACUUCACGACGUUAAGUUUACUUCUUGUUUUGGGGACAGGCAGCCUCAUGUCAGAAUCGACACAAAAUGCUGAUGGUUCCAUAAAGGGAUUAUACGAAUACCUCCUGCAACGAGAGUACGCGGCUCCAGUGUCAUACGCGGAUCAUCAGAUAAAACGAAAGGCCGUCCGCUCACCAUCAUUGCGGUUACGAUUUGGACGGCGUAGUGAUCCUUCAAUGCCGGUGGAACCAGAGGAUGACGAAAUGGUUGAUCAAAGGCCCAUCAGAGCUCCACAGCUUCGGUUACGGUUUGGCCGGGGUGACCCAUUGUGGACAUCUUUCAAUGAAAAUGCACUACUGGAGGAGAAACGUGCUCCCUCGCAACGACUUCGGUGGGGUCGCUCAGGAGGAAUGUUUUCCUCCAAUGAUGUUAUGCAACAGAAGGCAAUCCGAGCGCCCCAAUUACGACUUCGAUUUGGCAGAAGUGACCCAUCUUGGACUAUGUUCAACGAGCACCAGCUGAAUGAACAACAAUUGGCAGAUGCUACACGAAAUCCUUCGAAAACGCUUCAACUCAGAGUUGACGAACCGGCAUCGAUGGAGUCGGCUGAGCAGUCCGAUUCCGAUGAGAACAGGCCAAGAAGCAUGGAUGAAAAAUAAAUCAGAUCAGGAAUUUGGUAAAUCGGACAAAAGCAUAACUCAUUCUUCAGUUUCCUUAACAUUAUAGUCUAUGUUGCUUUGUGUUGGCCCCCAAAAAUAUAUUAUCGGUUUUUACGCUAGAUUGAAUAUCAGCAUUAGAUAUAUAUUGUGUUGAGGAUAACAAUGAAAACAUCGUUUUUAUCGAACAAUCGCACUUGUAAGAAACAUUGCAAAUUUAUGAAGAGUUAUAUGAAAUAAACAGCUAUGAAAAAGUAAUCAAAUAAAUCUCAUUGACAAAUCAAUACAUAAAAAACCCCUAUCUUCUCCCGAAGUAAAACAAAAGACAAUGGCAGCAAAUACAAAGCAGACUAAGUAUGAGGGUUAGUGUCAAUAAUAGGAUAUCAAACAAAACAUGCAACUAUUUUAUACCAAGUCCUUGUGCAACAGUGAUCCAAAUAAUCCAUCUUCUAAACAAAAUAACAUCAACCAAGAGUCAUCAUCAUCUAUUUACUGCAUUUCCAUGCAUUUUCGAACAUGCAAUUAAUAGAUGAUUGCUCGACGGAGGCACUUAACCAUUCAAAUAAUGCACGUUUUUCUCUCACCGUUACAAUUUAUCAGUAUUUGUUCAAAUUUUAAUCUACAAAAUGUAAGGCGUGUUGAAGUAUUAUUAGUAAUUAAUAAGAAUGCUGUGUGUCCUCUAGACACACAACAAAAGAAGGCGCAAUUAUCAACAUGUAAGGAGAACACUUUUAGAUAUUGUCGAAGAUGAGUUGUAUUUAAAGGCAGAUGCAGCAUGUACAUGUGUAAAAAUAAACGAUUACAUUCACAUCUAGUGGAGAAACAAACAA